UGCACACUUCAAAAGGAAUCCGACAAAAGAUGGACUCCUGAAGAAUUUUUCUAUGCAUCGGUUGUUCGACUUCGGAUUUUCCUAAUUAAAUUUUAUUCUAACCGUUAAGAAAUUAUACGUUUUUAUGAUCAAGUUCGAAGUGUAAACGAUGAUUGUGCAGGAGCCAGUGCAGGCAGCCAUAUGGCACUGCUUAAAUCAUUAUGCUUAUCCAGAUGCAAUAUUUUUGGCAGAAAGAUUAUGCGCGGAAGUGGAUACGGAAGAAACAUUAUUUCUUUUGGCAACUUGUUAUUAUCGUUCAGGAAGGAUUAGGCAAGCUCAUGCUUUACUUUCCAAAAAAGCACCCAGCUCCGCACAAUGUAGGUUUCUUUUGGCUAAGUGUUGUUACGAUUUGGAAAAAUUUGCGGAAGCGGAAGCGGCAAUAAUUGGUGGAUAUUAUAAACAGUUAAAAAGUUUAGAGGAAAUUACCGCUCAGUUUGGUGAACAAGCAUGUUUUUCACUUCAGAUAAUAGCCAAAAUUUAUUAUAAAAUGAUGCGCACCGCUAAAGGCAAUGAAGCACACAAAUUGGCUUUAAAGAUGAAUCCAUUUUUGUGGCAUUCAUUCGAAGAAUUAUGCAAUGUUGGAGAAAAAGUAGAUCCAGGAAAAAUCUUCAAUCUGGAUAAAUUAGAUAAUUUUGCAAUGUGUCAUGGUGUAACACCAAUUUUAAGUUAUAUUCCGGAACCUGAUUUUAUUGUACCUGUUAACAAUUCAAAUAGCGCUCCUACAUCAAAUGGCACUAACAGUACUCCUGUGCAAACUACAACCACAACGAUCAUAACCAACGUAGCACCUAACGUACGGUUAUACUCGUCCAUCGAAGAAAGCCCACAAAAUAUACCUACACACUAUAUUCAUCCUUCUUCAAUAUCACCUCGUGCUAAGCAUCCUCGAUAUCGGAGUAUGUUCAAUAAUUCUAUGAGUCCUCUUACACCUAGUUUUGGUAUCUUACCAUUGGAAAGUAACACACCAGAACCUACCGUUUUACCUUCUCAUACGACUCUUACAGAAGCAAAUGACCAAAAAAGUUUGGCAAAGUGCGUUAGCAGUUUCAGGGCUCAUGUAGGGCAAUUUAUUUCAAGGAAGGAAACACCUUUGCAACAAGGUAAACCAGUGUUCUCUCAAUCCGGUAAUGCAAGUAAUACUGCUAAUAUAGUCACAGUAACACCAAGUACUCCUGCACCUACACCACCUACUCUUCAGGGUACAAAUGUUAGACGGUCAUCGAGAUUAUUUAGUCACAGCUAUUCUGUUAAAGAAAAUAAUAAGUCACCUAAUAGAAAUAAAUUCGCAACACCUAAGUCACCAUCUAGGAAAGCAAAAGCAAGACUUUCCAAAACUAAUUUAAAUAAAACUAAUUUUAAUGAUUUGAAUGAGAGAAAUCGGAGUGAAAAAGAAAAGAAUGAAACGAUUACGUCAGAAAAGGCUGUGGCAAAUGUAAAUGCAUUGAAUAACCAAAGUAGCAUUGCUCAUUGUGCUGUGACAUUACAAAAACAAUGUGCUGAAGGUUUAAUGUCUUUGUUAAAAGAACUUGGCUUGGCAUAUCAACAUUUAAGCCAGUAUAAUUGUUCACAAGCUAUUGAUAUCCUUAGUGUUCUUCCAACGCAACAUUAUAAUACUGGAUGGGUAUUAUCCAUGCUAGCACGUGCUCAUUUUGAGAUGAUGGAUUACAAAAAAUCAGCUGGUUAUUUUGCCGAAGUCAGACAAUUAGAACCACAGAGGACUGAAUUAAUGGAAAUCUAUAGUACAGUGCUUUGGCAUAUGCAUGCAGAAGUUCAGCUAUCUACGUUGGCUCAAGAACUUGUUUCCGAAGAUCGUAAUUCGCCAGCUGCAUGGUGUGCUACUGGUAAUCUUUUCUCUGCUCAAACUGAGCAUGAAACUGCAAUCAAAUUCUUUCAAAGAGCUAUACAGGUAGAUCCUAAUUUUCCAUAUGCAUAUACACUCCUUGGUCAUGAAUAUGUUAUGACCGAGGAAUUAGAUAAGGCAAUUACGGCAUUUCGUAAUGCAAUUAGACUUGAUUCUAGACACUAUAAUGCCUGGUUUGGUUUGGGAACAAUAUUUUCUAAACAAGAACAAUAUAGCUUAGCAGAAUUACAUUUUAAACGAGCUUUGCAAAUAAAUCCACAGAAUUCGGCAAUUAUGUGCCACAUAGGCGUUGUACAACAUGCUCUGAAAAAAACUGAUCAAGCUUUAAGAACAUUAAAUACAGCUAUUACCAAUGAUCCCAAUAAUACUCUUUGCAAAUUUCAUCGUGCAACGAUUAAUUUUUCAAUUGGUCGGCACGCGGAGGCAUUGAGAGAAUUCGAAGAAUUAAAGAAUAUCGUGCCCAAAGAAUCUCUAGUCUAUUAUUCGAUAGGAAAGGUGCACAAGAAACUAGGUAAUACUCAUCUUGCACUAAUGUACUUUAGUUGGGCUACAGAUUUAGAUCCAAAAGGUGUAAAUAGUCAAAUAAAAGAAGCUAUAUUAAGUCCUGGUCAAGGUGACGAAGAUUCUCCAGGAACACAAUCAGCAGAGGAACAACAAAUUCAAAAUAAUAGUUCUAUGGAACAUGAAAGUGAUACUAACAGAGAAGGAAACGGGCCGAUCGGCGAUGGAAACGUUCCUCCUGCUGAAGCACCCGCUGAUGACAGUGAUGAUAGUUUAUGAAGAUGUCGUGUAAUGUGGAAUGGAUUUGUAGAACGAAACUUGGUUUCGCGUUGUUAUAUAUUACCUUCAUAUUGAUUUAAUCGAAAGUUUUCCAAAUGAUGAUUUAGCUUGUUCUGAAUCGAUGCUUAUUGAACUAUUAUCACAUCAUUUUGAUUUACAUUGGAUCUGAAACAAUCGAAAACUGACUUUUACCAUUUUUGUUACCAGCUUUUUGUAGUAUUUUAAUCCGUUUCUCAACCUGGUGUGUUACGAGAAUUUGUAAUGUACUUUUUCUCCUUCUUUCUCUUUUUCUCUCUCUUUCUCUCUCUCUCUCUCUCUCUCUCUCUUUUUCUCCCUCUCUUUCACUUCUUUUAUUUUUCCUAAAUAAUGAACUAGAACUCCUGUCACGUUCUUUCGUUUAUAUCAGAUCCAAGGAAUAUUAGAAAAGCAAGAAUUUAUAUGAGACAAUUAAUUAUUGACUUAAUCUUUUUCAUCAACUUGUAUAUUACGCGUUUGUCCUGUAUAUUUUUUACUAUUAUAUAUCGCGAUUCUUUUUUAUAUUUGUUCGAAUGUUAGAUCACUUUCCUUGCGAAUCAAUUAUUAUGUAGAGACUGUACUGCGUUAUAAAACCUAAGCGAAUAUAGUCGUAAGCAUGUCGUACAUAGUUAAGUAAUAUAAUUAACUAAUUGCGUAAGGAAGUAAGAAAAGUCUUGUGUAAAUGUAAAUUAUUAUUAUUAUUAUUAUUAUGGUAUAUAUAUAUACCACCUUAUUAUUUUAUUAUAA